AUGGCUGUCUUUGUUACUGUUGGCACUACGCUCUUCGAGGAAUUAAUCGAAGUCGUAGAUACUAAAAAAUUUCACGCUGCCUUAUUUAAUCUUGGAUACAAGAAACUUUUUAUACAGUAUGGGAAUGGAAACAUUGUACCCUCGGUUUCAGACAGUCCCUUAGAAAUUGACGCUUUUCGCUAUAAAGCUAAUCUUUCUUCUAUCUUUUCUGAGUCUUCACUUGUUAUUAGUCAUGGUGGUGCUGGUACUUGUAUGGAAGCGCUUCAACCUCCCGGCAAACGCAAAUUAAUUGUCGUCAUUAAUGAAAAUCUAAUGAAUAACCAUCAGGUAGAACUCGCUUCCACGUUGUAUGAAGAAAAGCAUGCAUUUCUUUCAAGAGUUAAAGACUUGUAUGCGUUUAUCUCUACCGGUGAACAGUAUCCAUUUAUGGAUUGUCUCAGAACGAGAUUCUGGCGCGAUUGCGAUCACAAAGCCCUUCUCGGUCCCUCCACAUCCCCUCAAUCUGUAGGCCUCGUUCCAUUCCAUAGAGGCAAUGCCUCAAACCUUAUCAAUUUUCUUAAUAAUUUGAUGGGUAUACCUGCUAGUUAA